AUGCCUGCCCAUGUCAAGCCCGUCGCUGGGCCCCAUGUAGACGCACGCCGGCCUCCAACGAGAGGGCAGGUGCGCCCACAAGCCGUGGCUGCACCUCCGCUCCGCACACGAGACGUCGGCCGCUCCACCAAUGUUCGCUGGCACCAGGCCACGGUGCAACGCGCCGACAAGGAGCGCAUGCUGUGCCAACGGGGAUGUGUGCUUUGGUUCACAGGGCUCAGCGCAAGUGGCAAGAGCACGGUGGCCGCCACUCUCGAGUCCAUCCUGCACCAAAAUGGUCACUACACGAUGCUACUGGAUGGCGAUAACGUGCGUCAUGGACUCAACUCCAACCUUGGAUUCAGUGCCGAGGAUCGGGCUGAGAACAUUCGGCGAGUUGGAGAGGUGGCCAAGCUUGCUGCCGAGUCUGGCAUCCUGACCAUCACCUCCUUCAUCUCCCCCUACCGAGCUGAUCGAGAUGCUGUGAGAGCACGCAUGGCUCCUGGUGAUUUCCUGGAGAUCUAUCUCCGGGUCCCGCUGGCGUUGUGUGAGCAGCGAGAUCCCAAGGGCCUCUAUAAGAAGGCGCGAGCGGGGAAGAUCUCCAACUUCACGGGGAUCAAUGACCCUUACGAGGAACCCACCGGGGCAGAAAUCGUCCUAGAUCCCUACGAUGAAGAGCAUCGCAUGUACUCUCCCGAGGAGCUGGCACUCCGCAUUUUUGACCACCUGACCAUCCAGCAGUACCUCCUUCCCGUGCCGUCGACGGCGAGCUUCUGA